UUAAAACACGAAAAUUUAUAAAAAAUUCAUUUUUUGGAUACCGAACCCCCUUAACUGCGAAAGAGAAUUGUUUCUAAUUAUUAAAUACAGAUAUCUUAUAAUGCCUUUGGAUAAAUAAUAACAAUUCAGUUAUUUGUAAUAAAGCCAUAAUGUUAUUGUCUUAAGAGGUUUAAUAACCAUGCAUUAUUAGAACAAGAACAAGUUCAAACAUUUAUAACACAGAAUUGAGAAUUACAGCUGUUUAUAAAAGUAAUAAAAAACAUACACGCACAUCGGGUAAUAUACUAUAUUGUUUUUUCACUCCGUCAAAUGAUAAAACCAAAAUGCUGUGUGACGUAUUUUGCGUUUUGUGAUCCCAUGUAAAAAAUACAUUUCACAGUUGUACUGUACUGUACGCUUUUCAAUAAAAAAUUUAACUUAGUAAUGUUUUUGUCAUUUUGAGUACGAAAAGGAAUGAAAGUAUUAAUUAUGGAUAGACAAAGCAUUUAUAUAAAUUGAUCGACAAGAUAUUGUUUCUCUCUGCCAAUUAUGCGGAACAGAUUACACAAUAAAGUAUUAUUAGUGCUGGUAUGUAUAACGUGUAUCGCUGUACGAAUCUUACUACAGUCAUAGUUCACAAGUUAUCUCUUCUCUACUCCCUAAAGCUUAUUUACUUAACCUAAUGAGUUCCGAGAACCAGUUAUCGGUGUUGGAGCCCUCCCCAGCACCGAGCAGCAAACACCACGACAUGGAUCCCCAGCCCGACCGUACUCACUUGUACCUCAGCGUAGCUAUCUUGAAUGUUUUAUACGUGAUGUGCGGGACCACGUUCGUGUGGUCUUCUCCGGUGUUGGUGAAGUUGACGCUGACUGACACCGAGGGCAGCACCGUCGCCUCCAUGCUGUCUCUGGGCAGCGUGCUGGGGCCCUUCGUGUCCGGGGCCGUCCUCGACUCCCUGGGCCGCAAGUACACCGUGGGCCUCGCCAUGGCGCUAGAGACGACGUCCUACCUCACUCUAGCCGAGGGCAGCGGAGUCAUCAUAUUGUCUGUGGGCAGGUUUUUGGGAGGUGUGGCCAGCGGUAUUGCCUUCUCUGCAGUGCCCAUGUACAUCGCGGAGAUCUCUGAGGACUCUGUACGAGGGCUGCUGAACACGCUGAGUCAGCUGUCGAUCUGCUCCGGGUCACUGCUGAUGUACGUGGUUGGUCCGUACACCAGCUAUGCUGUUCUGCACUACAUAAUGCUCGGACUGUGCGCUAUGUUCUUCCUGCUGUUCCCUCUGCUGCCUCGCUCCCCGUACGAACUUGUCAUGAGCAAUCAGAUCGCCCAAGCAGAGAAAACACUCUUGUGGCUUAGAAAGAAUGUGCCACGAUCUUUUGUCGUGAAGGAGCUACAACUUAUACAGAACACCGUACGUGAGUACGAGGCAGAGUCGAGCUCAGUGAAGGAACUUUUCACCUGCAGAGGUAACAGACGGGCACUGAUCAUCUGCUGCACUCUUCUCAUGCUGCAGCAAAUCUCCGGAGUCACCAUACUGUUAUUCUACUCAGAGAAGAUCUUCAGGAUGUCAGGAUCUAGCCUCUCGAGCAGUGCUUCUUCCAUCAUCGUGGGCGCCGUCAUGGCAGGAUCCGCCGUCAUUUGUCCUGUAGCAGUCAAAAAGUUCGGUUACAAAAAACCUCUCCUCACGUCUGCUGCCGGCAUGGCUGUAGGAAUGGGUGGCCUUGCGAUGUUUUUCAUACUGAAGGUUAACCAUUUCGAAGUGGAUUCUAUAGGUUGGCUUCCACUGUUCAGCAUCGUUGUUUACAUCCUUUUCUUCAACGCAGGCAAGUCACAUAACACGAUUUAUACAGUCCCACUAGCAGUUUAAAUUCUGCCUCGGUCUAACGUAUUUACGGUUCCACAGUGGAAUUAUGCUGUUUCACAGACCAAGACAAUUAUCACAUUUGUUGAUUUUGGAAUUCAACUUAGAUUAAUAUAUUGUGCUGAAGUGAUUUUGACGUUCUCACUGAUCAAUAAAUAUGUAUAAGGGCAUAUGCUUCUGGUAAAAGGGGAAGAGGGUGAUAUUCAUUUGAAUUUAUUUAAAUACUGUAAAAAUGCAAUACACGAUGUCAAAGGAGCUGACGAGAUUCGAUUAUCUUAUGUACAUUUACAGCUUUGUACAAUAAGAUAUUUUUAUAACAGC